AUGGAAAGUGGUGCAAUUUCCGACAUGCAGAUUAGAGGUUCCUCUGAACAUGACGGGAAUCAUUCAGCCGUUCAGGCCAGACUGAACUACAACGUUCCUGGCAAAUUUGGAGGUUGGUCGGCUCGCACAAAUGACAAAAACCAAUGGCUGCAGGUCGAUCUCUUAAGUCAUUUCACAAAAGUUACUCGCGUAGCAACACAAGGACGCAGAGAUAUCGAUCAGUGGGUGACAAAAUAUAAUCUAAAGUACAGCAAAAACGGAUUAAACUUUCUCUAUUACCGUGAAUCAAGGAAAAGAAACGAUAAGGUAUUCGCCGGAAACACAGACAGAAAUACUGUUGUUUCACAUGACCUUAACCCACCGAUUACAGCACGUUUCUACCGCUUUCUUCCACUACAUUGGUUUGUUCACAUAUCGAUGAGAGUGGAGCUAUAUGGAUGUCAUGAAUGUCUCUCUGCUCUUGGCAUGGAAAGUGCUGAAAUUUCUGAAAAACAAAUCAGUGCUUCGUCAGAAUACAGCAGCCAAUUAGUCGCCAGUCAAAGCAGACUGAACAUUCAACCAAGAGCAGGAAAGUUGGGAUCUUGGGCAGCUGCCACAAACAAUGUCCAUCAGUGGCUUCAGGUUGACCUUGGAGUUUACAGUAUAGUUACGCGCGUCGCAACGCAAGGCAGACAUGAUGCCCAACAAUGGGUGACGAAGUACAAACUGAUGUAUGGUCAUCAUCCAUCAAGGUUUUUUUUUCAUCGUCUUUUUGGGAAUUUUUUCUUUCAGGAAUUUAUUGGAAACAUAAACAAAGAUACCGUUGUAUUACAUGACCUUAGCCCACCCAUCACGGCCCGUUAUGUCCGUUUCCUUCCAUUGGAAUGGAUUAGUCAUAUAUCAAUGAGGGUAGAACUGUAUGGAUGUCAUGGUAAGUAA